AUGGUUUCCAUUCGCGCUUUGAGCCUUUUGGCUUUGAGCUCUUCAUCUGUAUUGGCAUCAAAUCCCAAACAGGCACGAUACUGGUCUCGAAAUGACGCUCGGGCUAAAGUCACAGAAGAUACACCGAGCGAAGUUGACUACAUUGUUGUUGGCAGUGGUCCAGGUGGUGGACCUCUCGCAUCUCGUCUUGCUCUGGCCGGAUAUGAAGUGCUGUUGAUCGAUGCUGGAGAUGACCAAGGAGAUCAGAUCCUCGCUGAAAUGCCUCUCUUUCAAUUCGCAUCGACUGAGAUUGAGGAACAGCGAUGGAAUUUCUUCGUCCAUCAUUACUCUGAUCUCGAACGUCAAAAGAAGGAUACGAAAAUGACCUAUCAAAGUACUGAUGGAGACUACUACGUCGGAUUAGAUCCCCCAGCGGACGCAGAACCACUUGGAGUCUGGUAUCCUCGAGCUGGAACUCUUGGUGGCUGCUCGAACCAUAACGCUAUGAUUUCAAUCUACCCACACGAGAGCGAUUGGCAAUACAUUGUUGACAUUACUGGUGACGAUUCUUGGGCUCCUGACAAUAUGCGAACAUAUUUUGAAAAGAUGGAGCAUUGCGAUUAUCUCCCAGAAGACACUCCUGGACAUGGCUUUGACGGAUGGCUACAUACAAGUGCCACCAAUCAAACUAUGAUUGUUCAAGAUGACAAGAUUAAUUCGAUCGUUAUCUCUGCCGCUGAUGCUUUCGCAGUAAACGCAUCUGACUCGAUUCUUGCGACUGCUCAGGGCUUCAACCAGGUCGUCUCUCUGGAUCCUAAUAAUCUAUUACCUACACGAGACAACGACACUGGAUUGUACCAGAUUCCAAUCGCUGUUGAUGGAAGAACAAGAAAUGGAGCUAGAAAUUUCAUUCUCGAAACAGUGAAUGCAGUCAAUACUGACGGAUCCAAGAAGUACAAGUUGAAUCUUAAGCUCAACACAUUCGUCACAAAGAUUCGGUUCUCCAACGAUACCACACCUCGCGCACUCGGAGUCGACUUCUUGGAGGGCAAAAGCCUGUACAGAGCUGAUCCCAGAGCUGGAAAGAAUGGAACUCAAGGUAUUUCCGGCAGCGUCAACGCGAGAAAGGAGGUUAUCAUUUCUGGCGGAACAUACAACAGUCCUCAGCUCCUCAAGCUCAGCGGUGUCGGACCCAGAGCUGAACUCGAAUCAUUCAACAUCCCAGUGCUAGUUGAUCUUCCCGGUGUCGGUACCAACAUGCAAGAUCGCUACGAAACGACCCUCAUCUCUGAAUCCGACGUUUCAUUCUCCAUCGCUGAGGGCUGUACCUUCCUCACCACCGCCGACGAUCCCUGUUUAACGCAAUGGCAAAACGACACUGCAGAUGCAGGACUCUACGCUACACCCGGCCUCCCUCUCGCCAUGAUUAUGCGAUCCAGCACCGCAGAACAAGAUCCCGAUCUCCUGAUUUCCGGCGCUCCCGCUAAUUUCCACGGCUAUUAUCCAGGCUAUUCCGGUCCUGCUCUCGGUGAUGCUCUGCACUGGAGUUGGAUUACGCUCAAGGCUCACGCGCGCAAUACCGCAGGGACAGUCACCCUUCGAUCAGCAGAUCCGCUCGAUACACCAUUGAUCCAGAUGCACUAUUUCGACGAAGGAACAUCGACUGAUAAUGCGUGGCAAAAAGAUCUCCAGGCAAUGUAUGAGGGCAUGUCACUUUCUCGCAAGAUAAUGAACAGUGUUGUUCCCCUCGACGGGUCGUUCAACGAAUCAUGGCCUGGAGCAGAUGUUUCCACGGAAGAGGAACUCAAGGAAUUCAUCCAGGAUGAAGCUUGGGGUCAUCACAUUUCGUGCACGAAUCCUAUCGGUGCUGAUGAUGAUGAGAUGGCGGUUUUGGACAGCAGUUUUAGGGUUCGGGGAACGAGUGGUUUGAGAGUAGUUGAUGCGAGUGUUUUCCCCAAGAUCCCAGGGUUCUAUAUCGCGGUGCCGAUUUAUAUGGUUAGUGAGAAGGCGGCGGCGGUUAUCAUUGAGCAGGAUGCAGCGGGAACCAGUUAUAGGUAG